CAUUCCUCAUCUCUCCAUCUCUCACGCACCCAUCUACAUCUUCUCCUCCGCGCAGCAACCAAGCCAAGCUCGAGCGGCGGCAAUGGAGGGCAAGGAGGAGGACGUGCGCCUGGGCGCGAACCGCUACUCGGAGCGCCAGCCCAUCGGCACGGCGGCGCAGGGCGGCGGCGCGGACGAGAAGGACUACAAGGAGCCGCCCCCGGCGCCCCUCUUCGAGGCGGAGGAGCUCACCUCCUGGUCCUUCUACCGGGCCGGCAUCGCCGAGUUCCUGGCCACCUUCCUCUUCCUCUACAUCUCGGUGCUCACCGUGAUGGGCGUGGUGGGCAACCCGUCGGGGUCCAAGUGCGGCACGGUGGGCAUCCAGGGCAUCGCCUGGAGCUUCGGCGGCAUGAUCUUCGUGCUCGUCUACUGCACCGCCGGCAUCUCCGGCGGCCACAUCAACCCCGCGGUCACCUUCGGGCUGUUCCUGGCCCGGAAGCUGUCGCUCACCAGGGCGGUGUUCUACAUGGUGAUGCAGUGCCUGGGCGCGAUAUGCGGGGCUGGGGUUGUCAAGGGGUUCCAGACCACGCUGUACCAGGGCAACGGCGGCGGCGCCAACUCCGUCGCGCCCGGGUACACCAAGGGUGACGGGCUGGGCGCCGAGAUCGUCGGCACGUUCGUGCUGGUUUACACCGUCUUCUCCGCCACCGACGCCAAGCGCAGCGCCAGAGACUCCCACGUCCCCAUUUUGGCGCCGCUUCCGAUUGGGUUCGCGGUGUUCCUGGUGCACCUGGCGACGAUCCCCAUCACCGGCACGGGCAUCAACCCGGCGAGGUCGCUCGGCGCCGCCAUCAUCUACAACAAGAAGCAGGCGUGGGACGACCACUGGAUCUUCUGGGUUGGUCCGUUCAUCGGCGCGGCGCUGGCGGCCAUCUACCACGUGGUGGUGAUCAGGGCAAUCCCCUUCAAGAGCCGCGACUAGUCAGCCAAUCAAUCUGCCUAUACUGUGGAUGGAGUCUUCUUGUUUUCGUUGUAUUUUCUCCUUGCUCUUGAAAUGUAUUUUCCAACAUACACCUUAUUUUCUAGUUUUGGAAGCUUUUCGGUCACGCUUUCCGGUGCAAAUUUGCAAAACCCGGUAAAAGUAGAUGUAAAAUGUGUGUGGAUUGCAGAGGGCUCUAUGCCCAUACAAGGAAUAAUUCCUGAAAAAUCUUAAAGGCCCAUGUGGAUUUUAUAACA